AUGUUUGCUCCCUCAUCUCACCUCCUAUCAGCGACCUUAGGUCAUCUCUUUCCAUCGGCGACCUCGGCUCAUCUGUUUCCACCAGCGACCUCGGGCUCACCUCACAUCCUCGAAGACUACAACGACUGCUCAACUUUACAAGCCCUAAUUGUCGACUUGCUCAACCGACCGCUGUUCUCCACAUCUCCAACUUCCUGCCUUCCCAUGGUCCGUCAAUUAGAUCUAAUUCGCCAAAGAUCAGAUGCUUAUGAACCCAUGCAAUUCACUUAUCUUUUGCUCUGUAUGUUGAACAUUCACCAGGCAUAUGGGGACUCCUCAUUCCAGGAUUAUAAGAAAUCACCAAGUCCAGGAAUUGCUCAAGACCUUUGUACAGAUGGGUGUAAAAGAUUAACUUAUUGCCACAUAUCUAUUGAAACUGGAGUCAUUGCUCAGGAAAAUGGUUCAGCAAGAGUGAAGAUGGGUUUGUCCAUAGGCAACAGAUGUAAUGGAAGUCUUUAUCCAUCUUGGAGAGCCUUGUCAUCAAGAGCUGAUGUGAGAACUGGAUGUGAUCUAGAUGGGCUUAAACUUGCUGUGGAGGGAGCCUCUAUUCCUGAGUGUGCUAAUGGGAAAAGCAUUGGGAUACCCAUACCAGGAGCUGUGAGUGAUGAGGAUAUGGAUGUGACAGGAGCAGGUGCAUGUGUACAUGACCAAGAUACAACCAAGCUUCCAUUUUUAUAUGAUUUUGAAGAACUGGAGGGCGAAUUGGAUUUUCUAACUCGUGUGGUUGUACUCACAUUCUAUCCUGCUGUGUCAGCCAGAACCCCUAUCACACUUGGUGAGGUACCGUACAUUGACAACUUUACUUGCCAUCAUCUCACUUUAUUUGUUCCGAGAGACCUUUUUGCUUCUGAUAUGAGGUUAUGGGAACAUAUCAAUAAAAUCAAACAAGAUACUCAUACCGUUACCAUUACCAACCCUUUGACCUCAUCUGAUGCAAACAACAAUCCCUUUUCUACUGAUGAUAAUUCGCUAAAAUCCAAAAAUUCCAGUACCUCCUGGGUAAACCUGUUAUCGGGUGAUGGCAUUAUAUCCAUCUCACAACCAGUGCUACAAACUACUUUACAUGAUCCAUUUCUCAACCCGUUUCAUGAUCAUGAUGAAGCAAGUGAGCCUCCUCCACCUAAGUCAAAAUUAGGAAGACCAAGUUCUGCCUCGAGACUCAUAACUUCAGAUUCAUCGGACCUUGGUGUAAUUAUGGAACCAUCAUUGGCUGAACUCUAUCACAACUUCAGAAAAGAUUUCACUGAGUUAUUCCAGUAUAAAUUUUAUAUUAUCUUAUUGUCAAGUUUGUUUAGUAAGCUUAAGAAGAGUAAACAUGGUAUCCUUAUCUCAGUUGCAGUCAACCCACAAGCUUCCGGGGCCAAUUCAUUUGUUGAGACAUUUUCUGAAUUCAAACACCUUCUUGUGUAUAGGAUCAAUAGCAAAUUUUAG